UGUGGCUAACCGCUAAAUAAACAAUCAAAAAUGCGUUACAUCGCCGCGUACCUCCUCCUCCAGAUCGGUGGCAACAGCUCCCCCUCGGCUGCCGACAUCUCCAAGCUCCUCGGCACCGUUGGUGUUGAGGUCGAUGACUCGCGCGUCGAGUCGUUGAUCAGCGAGUUGUCUGGCAAGGACAUCAACGAGCUCAUCGCUGAGGGUACCUCCAAGCUGGGCUCUGUCCCGUCUGGCGGUGCUGCCGCUGCGCCCUCUGGUGGCGCCGGUGGUGCUGCUCCUGCGGCUGCUGCCGAGGAAAAGAAGGAGGAGAAGGAGGAGGAGAAGGAGGAGUCCGACGACGACAUGGGCUUCGGUCUGUUCGACUGAUUUAUCGUGUAUCAUAUUGUUGUCAUGUAUCGCUAUGCAUUCAACGACGCAGACCCAUGCCAUCCAGUGUGUGAUGCCAAGAUACAUUUUAAUCCCCCACUGAGUCCAUCGUUGGGUC